AUGGGAAAAUCCCUGCAUCUGCAACUGCCGCGGAGCAAGGACGAGGUGGAAAGUAUGCUGCAAAAAAAGCGAGUUCUUCUUCGCUUGCAGCCCCCGGAUUUGAACCUACAAACAUUGGAUCUUGGCAACAGCCGUGUGUUGUGCGCUGCAGCAUCUCCGGACAACACGCUGCUGGCAGUGGGCUGCGAGAGGGGCGAUGGCACAGCAGGUCAGCUCGCGGGCAACCUAAUGGAAACCGUCGAAGGCGCCAUGGGCUCCAACAAACGACGAUCACAGCGCUUUUUAGAGCAUUCCAGCACUCUUUCAGUGUGGAGCCUCGAGACGCAAGAGCUAUGGCGGGCGAAGGAGGUGCCACUUAGCUCGAGCAUUCCGGCCCUAUGUUGGCUUGACUCCUCCAUGCUCGUCGUGGCGCUCACCCAGACAAAGUCUGUUGGACUGGUGAAUGCAGAGUCUGGAGCUCUUCUGCGGAGGUGGUUCUUCAACAAUGAGACCCCGCAAUUACUUGCUGCCGCAGACGGUUGCCAUUGGGUGGCGGUGGGCUUCCGAUCUCAGCGGACCGGCCGUGCGCCGGCGCACUGUGCUGUUCUUGAUCGAGAUUCCGGUGGUGGCACGUGGAUUCCCUGUGGGAGCUCCCGCGCCAGACCGGUGGUUGCCUGCUCCGACACCGGGAACUUCCUCGCGGUGGCAGGGGCAGAUCGGAAGCCAUCGACGGCACAACCUCUGGAUGCCAGCCCCACCAAAACCCCGACCGUGGACACGACGAUUUCGGCAGCGGGAGCUGCGGAGGGCGCCAGGUCGCGGUCGAGGGGACUAUCCAUCUGGCAAAUCGGUGACAUGACUCGACAAAAGGUGAGCGGAGUGGCGGGACAAUGGGUCGCAGAGAACGUGGCCUUGGAUGGUGACCUUCUGGUGGCUUGUUUCCAGGGUGGAGGCAUCAUGAAGGCCUUUCGGCUACCGGACGAGGAGCUGUGCACUGAAGAGCACGCGCACACUUUGCAGGCCGUGGCGGCCAAGGGUGACGAUCCCACGAGUGGAGUGGUGGCGGCAGCAGGUCCAGGCGUACACUCUCAGAAGACGGUCGUUGGCUUGGCUUGUUGGAUCAGUCGACAAGGCGCCCAAAAGGCCAAUCUCACUUUCUCGUUGCCCGGGGCUGCUGUUGCCGCACUGGCCUUUCUCCCGGGGCAUACAGCGCUCCUUGCAGGUGGUGUGAACUUGCGCGCUAUGGCCGUGGCGUGCAUUUGGAACUUAAACGAUGCAGGCGCUGCGCGAGAGAUCUGCGAAGUGCGGUUGGACAUGGGCCCGGGGCUGCGCUGUUUGGCCAUUGGUCACGACGGGAGCCAGCGACAUCGUGAUGAUGCUAGGCGUUCGGGUUCGCCUACCGCCAAGGAGCCACGAUCAGGUAGAAGGCCUUCACAGACUGGAGUGAUUCAACCGACCGCCGAAGCAUUGCCUGCAGCCGUGUUGGCCAGCAGUGGGUCAGAUUCCCGCAUCGUCGUGCAUGAAGUGCGGUGUGGCUUCCGCACUUUUUUUGAUAUUAGCGAGCCUACAGACGCAGACCUUUUGCCAAGAAAGCAGCUCUCGCAAUUGGCACCAUCUGUCCUACGCUUUGCGAACUCCGGCCGCUUGUUGGCUGCUGGGGACAACGCAGGACGAGUCCACCUCUUCCUUUUGGGACGGCAUCGUGCCGAAAACGAUGUUGUGCAUACGCGCGUGCAGGCCCAUCGAGUGCUCUCCUUGAGCGGACAUGUCUGCGAUGUCAUCUUGAAAGGGGAGCAGCUGUUUAAGGCGGUUUGCCUCCAAAAUCCAAUGGAGUCGCCCGAGCAAGAAGCUCCGCGUGGAGAUCGGUCCGUGCUGGUAUAUGACCUCCUCAACCCGUCGCUCGAGUUCAUGCUGCCUGACCUAAAGAUGAAGGCUGACGACGCCAGCUCAGCAUUCUGUGCCCAGUUGGAGAUGCUGCCAAGCCUGCUGCACCAGCAGCUUCCGCAAUCAGGCUGGACGCUGCUUCACUGCUGCGCCUGCCGUGGUCAGGCCCAGCACGCUCGUUUGCUUGUGCGGCUGUCGGCAUCACCGUUCCAGCGCGAUGCCGUUGGCCGCAAUGCUUUGGAUGUCGCACUACAGCAUCACGAGUUUGGUGUCGUAGAGGACCUGAUGAUGGUCCUUAUGGAGCAGAGGCACCAUGUCGAGUACGGCCAUGCCUGGGACCAGUUUGGUGAGAAUGCAGAAAUUCUGGGCAGGGCGCUGCUUGCCUGCAGCCUGCCAGCAGAACACCAGGCUUUGACACAAACCGUCGUGCGGCUGUUGCGUCACAGAAUGGCAACUCUUCCGGACUUCCUCGACACGGUCUGCUGUGGAGUGCCGCGGCACUUCGAAGUGACCAGGGCGGGAGAGAAACUCAAAGUUCUGCCGUCGCGAGCUGCUCUGAAGGAGAACGAGUUCAUGAUCAGAGCCUACAGUGCGCCGGUUUUCCGGCCCGAAGCGUUCGAGUUUCAAGGUCUGGUGCCAACCUCUGAGGAUGUGCACAUGCCUGAGCGGCCGGUCGAAAUCCGAGUAUGGUACCUUCGGGGUGCCCUAGAUGACGACGUGGGCUUCAUCCCAGCACUGAAGGAGUCGGAGCACGAAGAGAUAAUGCGGACCAAGUUCGUCCACGUCCUGCUGGAAGAGCAGUGGGCAAAGGUCGGGCGAAGGCAAUUUCGUCUUGAAUUGGUGCUGUAUUUGAUAUAUUUGGUGGGAUUUGCUGGCUGGUGCAUAACGGGCCGCGCAAGCUGUGCGGAUCCUGGGCCUCCAGAAGACGAAGCCCAGGACUUUAACAAUCUGGUCGGCUUUUCUUUCCAGAUGUUCCGCGCUGUCCUUGUGAUAUUUCAACUCUUCUUCUUAUACGAGGAGUGGAAGCAACUCGCCUACGAGGUUCGAAGAGCGGAAGCAAAGAGUGUGGUGGAGAAGAUGCGGGCAGUGCUCAGCUAUUUUACAACUUGGAACAACUUGGACAUUGUGCGAAUCGCCUUGGUCAGCACGGCUGUGGUUUGGAGCGUCCUAGACCGAGCAGGUGUUUUCCUGGGCGACGGCAAGGACCUCUUGGCUGUAACGACCGUCUUCGUUUGCUCAAGGUUGAUCAGCUUCCUGCGGGCAUUUCCCAACACCGGCCACCUCGUCAGGACCCUGAUCACUAUUUUUUGGGACAUGGCCGUUUUCUUCCGCCUCAUGCUGCUGAUGUUGCUGACCUUUGUUUUCGCCUUCCUUCUGCUUUACGACCAGCCUUUCUCGGUGGUGGGAAUUGGUGAAAUGAUGUGGUAUGUCUACGUUCACGGUGUCUUUGGUGACGCCGACCCUCCGCCGGGCGGUGCCGAUGACUCGGCAUGGGUGGCGCGACUGAUGCUGAUGAGCUGCGUCGUGGUUAUGCUGGUUGUGAUGAUGAACUUUCUUAUUGCCAUCAUGGGAGACAGCUACGACAAGGUCCAGGAGCGUGCUGAGGAAGCACGCAACGUGAUGAGACUUGAGCUGGUCUACGAGGCAGAAGUCGCCAAUGUCAUCCCCAAGAGACACCAGCAAGAAAAGGCCUACGUUUUCACGUGUGAAGGCGUCCGCUACGCUGGGGGUGGACUACAAGCAAGCCAGCAGGAAGCAAGCCGCUGGGAGGGUCGAGUACGCCAAGUGGAGAAGGCCGUGCGGCGUGAGACGCGGCAGACAUGGAUCACCUUGACCGAACAGUCUGGUCAAUUGGCAGCCAUCGAAGACCGCAUUUAUGCGCUCGAGUCACAUGUUAAUCAAGGACAUGCUCGCCUUCAAGAAACCUUAGAGAGGCUUUUGGACACGUUGAAGAACGAGCCUCGGACAGGUGCUUCUGCGGAAGAUCGAUCUCAAAAGGUUCCCGCCUUGUUGCAGAGUGCGGUGUUGUACUCCCCGCGUACCCCUGGAAAGGGAGAAGCCGAAUCCAGCGGCUGA